AUGGAUCCCAAGUUACUUAAGAGUGAUGAUGGAGUAAAGACCUAUCGCAUAGAGGAUGAAGUUUGUGUGGAAGAGUUCACUAAGCCGGUUACAUACUAUGUCGACUUUAGUGAAAUAGAAAUAGCUGCAAAGCAUUCAUGUGGGUUAUUUCAAAUGAGGGGGAUAUUGUGUAGGCACAUUUUGGCAGUAUUCAAAUGUAACAAGGUUAAAUUUGUGCCAAAUAGAUACAUUUUAGAGCGAUGGAUGAAGGACAUCAAAAUGAGAUAUACGUUAAUCCAUAGCAGCUUUGACGCCGGGGAUCAACGGGCAGAUGCUAACCGAUAUUCAAGUUUAUUGAAUAUUUCUUAUAAGAUGAUUACUCUCGCAACGGGUUUAGAAAAGCAUACUGAGGAUGCAACACAUAAGUUAUUUGCAAUGAUUGACCUAUAUGGUGACAACCAAGAACCCCUAUCGAUGACGGUCACGGGUUCCAAUGUUGGUUGUACGACAAAGGACACGACUAUAUGUGGUAGUUCAAAGAAAGUACUCAGUCUACUAGUUGUGAGAGGGAAAGGCAGACCCCCAUCAUUGAGGAAAGCAUCAGGGAUGGAGAAAUGCAUGCGGAAACAUGAAUUGGGUAAGUGGAGUUUCAAGCGCAAAUCCCAUGAUACUCACUAUGAAGGAUACGUGUUCCCUUUGCUUGUUGAAGAGCAGUCAGAUUUUUGGCCAGAGAAAGACGUCGCCAAAGAAAAUGGGUAUGCAAAGAUAGCUCUUUUGAAACUGAUCAAUGGCUUUGCCUAA